CGCUCUUAAACGCUAGUGUCAAUAUCUGCGUUGGUACAGCACCAAGAUGGCCCCCAAGAAGAAGGAAGAACCCAAGGCAGCCCCACCGCCAGCCCCCAAACCGGUGGAGCCGGAGAGACCCAAGACCCCCGUGUUCGACCCCGCAGCAGUGGCGUUGGAGUUCACUGCAGAUCAGAUAGAAGACUUUAAAGAUGCCUUCCAGCUGUUCGACCGGACGCCCAAGAAUGAAAUGAAGAUCACGUACGAGCAGUGUGGAGACCUGAUCCGAGCUCUGGGACAGAACCCCACCAACGCAGAGAUAAUGCACGUGCUCGGCAAGCCCAGGCCAGAAGACAUGCAGAGUAAGAUGCUGGACUUUGAUCAGUUCCUGCCCAUGCACCAGCACAUCUGUAAGGCCAAGGAUCGUGGCACCUAUGAGGACUUUGUGGAGGGGCUCAGGGUCUUCGACAAGGAGGGCAACGGCACCGUCAUGGGGGCAGAGCUCCGGCACGUGCUCGCCACUCUGGGUGAGAAGAUGAGAGAGGAUGAGGUGGAGCAGCUGAUGCAGAACCAGGAGGAUGCCAACGGCUGCAUUAACUACGAGGCCUUUGUCAAAUACAUCAUGGCCACUUAGACAUGAGACAUACCAUUUUCAUAUUAUCAUUUACAUAUCACCCUGUAUAUGAUCCAUUAUGAGCCUGUUAUAAAUAAAUGCAACUCCAAA